AGAUCCACGGACUCCAUUCUCGACUGCCUCUAAUUCAUUCAACUUUAGGGCUUCUACGGAAAAAUAGGGACCGUGCUCCGAGGGUUUCUUCAUCGCCACAGCAGUUGAGUUUCAGUGAGAAACAUGGCCGAGGAUGAAAUAACUGGGGCUGAAAACCAACUCUGCGAAGGACAAAAAGCGAAGCCCAAAUUUAAGUCGAAAAAAGAAGAAGAAGAAGAAGAGAUACCAUACCUUGCUGUUGAGUUGGUGAUAAACAUAUUAUUAAGAUUGCCUGCAAAUUUACUGGUGAGAUGCCGGCAAGUGUGCCGAUCCUGGUGUGAAGUAAUUGAUAGCCUUUCUUUUGCUCACAAACAUCAGGCUAGCUACCAUAUGGAAGAAUUUCGAGUUGUGUAUUAUGAGACCAGGUCACAUGAUAAAAAUUUGUAUCUGCUGAAUAUUGAUGAACCCAACUAUAGUUUCAGAAGAAUCAGAGUGCAUCCAAUGAUUGCAGAUUCACAUAUGUUGUGCUGGUUAGACUACAUUGGAUAUGGAUUGUUUUACGUUUUUUGCAACGGGCAAACCUUUCUCUAUAAUCCUAUUAGAGGACAAAUGUUAAUUCUGCCACUAACUCUUCUGUCUACAUCUUAUGGUUUGGGGUUUGAUAACGCAACAAAUACCUACAAACUUGUUAAUGUUCUCCUGCUGGAGGGAAAGUAUUGGAUUCAAGUUUACACAUUAGGCACAAGCUCGUGGCGACAAAUCUCAGCUGUUCCUCCUUGUGAAUUUGAUUGGCAUUUAGCCCCCGUGCCUGCAUAUGGAGAUGUACACUGGGGAAGUAAGAAUCUGAUAGUUUCUUUCGACCUUAAAAAGGAAGAAUUCAAGUCUACUCCUCUUCCUUACCGUGACCGGUUUCAGGAGACUCGGGACUAUAAAUUGUUUGAUUUUAGAGGAGCCCUGGCUGUAGUAUAUGAGUCAUACUCAUUUUCCUCAUACUCCGCGAUAUGGGUCUUGAAGGAUUACGACAACAACAGUAGGUGGGCGAAAGAUUACAAUAUAAGACCUGCAUUGAGUUCACGAUAUGUUCUCCAGGUUACUGCUUGGAAUGAUGGCAUGAUAAUUGGUAAAGGUGAAAAUUUGUUUUAUUAUGAUCCAAAGUCUGAUGGCCUGACCACUUUGGACAAUGAAGGUUUUCGAUAUGUUAAUGGCAGUGAGAUGAGAAAUUAUACUGGAAACCUGAUCUCUCUCAAGAAUUAUGGAGACUUGGCGUAGGUCCUCUAGGAGAUCAUUUUGUUCUGUGGAGAGCUAUAAUUUGGUACUGGUUUUAUUUUCAGAUUCAUAUCUUUUGUUGAUUUCCUAUCGGUUACUAGGGUAAUGAUUUGCUUAAGUUCAUGUGAGUUGCUAGUUGCUACAAGUUCAAGGAUAUGUAUAUCUAGCCCUCAUUUAGCAGGAAGGCUACUAAUUUCAGGACCUAUUUUGUUUGUAUGAAUGUCUAGUACUCUAUUUUGUUUUUAA